AAGAACGCAUGACGUCACACUGGGGUUGUCAUGGGAGGUUUUAGUUUACGGAAGUUUUCUAGUUUUUAGCUUCACGUUAAGACUUAAAAUGCCUCUGCCCGACCAAAGUUGUUCUUGUUAAGACGCUUUAUUAAAAAAAAAGUAUACCUGAAGAGUUGUUCCGUUCCGGGUCAGUUCUCCGUGCUUACUUUUUUAAAUUUAAAAACUCAACCUAGUACAUUUUUGUUGUUAUGCUAGCUAAGCGGCAUAAGAAGAGAUCACAACAUGGCACAAGUUCCUCCUUCUGGAUCUAUAGUGGUUGCUGACUGGCAUCGAUGUCAAGACAGCAAAGAAUAUUUCAGCAAAAUUCUACACAAGAAGAGACGCAAACACUUUGGCCUGUUGGAGUCUCCAGUGAUGCCCCCACAUGUAGCUGUGGACACAGUUCACUAUAAAAUUUUAAUCUCCGGCAAGACUGGGGUCGGGAAAACUGCUCUGGCUGCACGCCUCGCAGGUCGGAAUAUUCCCGGUUUGCACUAUGAGACCACAGGUAUUGAGACGACAGUGGUGUAUUGGCCUGUGAAGCUGAGAGAAAGUGGCAGAGUGUUUUUCUUCCGUCUUCAGCUGUGGGACUGUGGAGAAAACGCCUUGCGUAGAUUUGACCAUUUUCUGCCAUCUUGUAAGGAGGAGUUGGAUGCUGUUUUUCUCCUGUUCUCCUUCACUGACAGAACUUCAUUCGAUGAUCUGUCAAAUCAAAUCACUAAAUGGACGGGAACAUCGAGGGGAAACGUUGUAAAACUGGUGGUUGGCACCAAAUAUGACCUGUACAUGCACUGUGAUGUGACAGAGAAAGAUGUGAGGGACUUCCAGGAGACGAGUGGAUUACCAGUGCUGCGUACGGGUGGGGAGGCCAGUGACGGGCUGGGUGACGUAGCCCCCAUCCUCAACUGCCUGGCAGAGAAUUUGUGGCAUCAGGACUGUGUUACUGCCAAAACAGCCAGCCAUCAUUUACAGCAGGAGACUGGGACCCCACCUUAAUACAGAAUGUGAGGCAGUUUAGACUUUGGACUCCACGUAAGCUUACUCCUGGUUGCCUCCUCACCUACCAGUGUUGGGCUGCUUGACUGUGUCUUUUGAUUUUAGACAGCUCUGCUCCUCCCCCCUCCUUGUCACUUCUUCUUUGUCAUGUGCUUUUUUUCUACUCAUGGACUUUCAACUAAAAACAAAGACAUUAAAUGAAUACAUUUUACACUAAAAGGUUGGUUUGAAUAUUUACAGAGUGAGAGGAUCAGAGGCUGAUGUGUCAUGUUGUCUUUCAGCAUCUUUAUUCAGUUCAAAACUUUGUCACAAAAAGCUGAUCUUAAAAAAAUGUCAGAACAAGUCAAAAGCAUAUCUCUUUCAAAAAGCAAUUUCAGUCCAAAUGGAUAAAACUUGAUCACUAAAAAUGUAAAUAUCCCCUUAGUUGAAGUGUUUCUUA